AUGAAACAACUCCGCGCCGAGUUCGACGGGCGCUUUCGCCAGCUCAAGGCGUCCUUCCUGUCCGAGCGCAUGCUGCAGAACUACGAGAGCGCGCAGAAGGACGCGGAGAUUGCGCGGCUCCGGGGCCUGAUCGACCUGCGGGUGGUGCAGCAGACCCUCGAGGGCCGCGUGCGGGACCUCCACGCCGACCUGCAACAUCACCGCCACGGCGUCGCCGCCGCGCUGGCGGGCUUCCAGAAAACCCUCACCGCGACCGUCGCGAGUAUUCUGGGCUUCACCAAGCUGCUCACACAAACUCGCCAGGACAGCGAAGCCCUCGAACACUCCCUCGAGGCGAUGCGCCACCUCGUCGAGUCGGGCUACGCCCUCUUUCACCCGAUGCUCACGGAGGAGUACAAACGCGGCUACCACCCUUGGCCGCUGCGCUUGCGGAAUACACAGGACCCGUUCUCGCACGUAAUCAAGACCCAGCACGGGCCUUCGGAGGUUGUGCAGCUGCGGGAGCCGAUCCAGACGCUGAACUCGCUCUACCUCGCGAUUCAUCGCUUUGUGAUGGGGCAGAUUGGGGCCCCGGAUCUGAAUCGCCCGGCGUACGGGCGGCCCCUCCACGCCCUCUGCUCCGGCAUCGCGCUCAGCUGGUCGACCAGCGUGAACCUCCUGCUCGAUAUCCGCCAGCGCUAUCAAAACGAACUCGAGUAUCGCCGUCAGAUGGCAAGGAUUAACCUAAAGAUUAUGUGGAAUGUCUACCUGCAGAACGUCUACUCGGAGCGCUCGAUCAAGGCGAUCGUGGAUGGAAAUAUGAAUCCUUAUACAACAACGUUGCCGGUCGCGAGGCGGGUCAAUCAGUUUGCCGCCCAGCGUGGGGUCCUCGCGCAGGAGCGCAAUGCCAUCUGUAAAGAGCGGAUGGAAAACGCGCGAUACGUUUAUCGAAUGUGGCGUGAAAAGAAUAUCGAUCUCCAAAGUAUUGAUAUUCCUACCUUGAAGCCGAGCAACUUUCUUCCCGCGCUUGCUGAACGGGAUUCGGCAGAUAACUCGGCCGCAAGUGUCAACUCACUCAGUUUUAUCAUGAGCCGAGAGCAAAAGCGUUCGUCUGACGCAAAGAGCUUUUCAAGCGUACCUCUUGUAAAGGAUUCAAAUGAGAGCGCGGAGUCUCUGACGAACGGUCUGGACGCUACUACGGUGAUAUCAUACGGUUGGGAACCCUAA